AUGAUUUUUUGUGACGUUUUCUAUGAAUGUCCCAGUUGUGGAGAAAGGACAAGGGUAAACAAACACAACAGUAGUUGGCCAUAUCUAGAUGCCAUUCACACUGAUCCAUAUAUCCAGCUGCACCCAGAGUUCUCGCCCCUGACCACAGACUACAGGGCCGAGGUGAGCUACCUGACCACACUGGUACACUUGACUGGGAUCAACAAGCACUGCAGGGCUGAGGUCAGGCUGGGGGAUCAGCUUAUCAGCGACAACAAUUGGGCCAACUUUAGUCUAGGCUUGGGAGACAACACAGCACAUAUUUCAGUGGUCAAUAUAGAGCAGCCUGAAGCCACCAUACUCAACGUCUACAGGAUCACCUUUCACAGGAAACCAGCUGGUCAGAUUUCUGGAUUUGAUGAGUUAAAAGGAGAUUAUCAAGUAUGUUCUUUAAAACAGGACUGUUCCCUGAUCUUUUCUCCGGCCUUGAGAUGUGGUCUUCAGCCUGCUGCAGAUGUUAUGAAGUGGACAGAGUUUUUAAGGCAGCGUUCAACUUUGCCUCAGUGCAGUGAUGAUGACUCUGUGUCCGGUGAAUGGAUGGUUCCAUGUGUCAGCUGCCAGAAUGAGUCCUCAUGUUAUUGGAAAAAGGCUGUCUGGCAAUCACUUGGUUGUCAAGAAGGAUUUCUUGCUACCAGCAAGUUGAAGGACUGCUUAGCUGGAAAAAGGGUCUUAUUUAUUGGAGACUCCACAAACCGUGGCAUCUUGCACUAUAUCCUCCAGCGGGUCAAUGGGUCUCUUAUGGAGGGGGACAAAACACACAGUAUCCACGUCUACCCAGACUUUGAUGAUGGCUCCACAGUCUUCGGAUUCGCCUACUACCCUCAGUUCUGGCAUCGGCCUGGUGUUAGGCCAGGACUGGACAUGGCACUGAACCAGCUUCUAAACAGGACAAGUGGUUGGUCAGACAGAGAAUCUGUCCUUGUUCUGGGCGGUGUGCACUGGCUGGCCAAACAUCAUUUCAAUAUACUCCUGGAGACUUUACACAGAGACCAUGUCAACAAGUGGACAGUGAUAAUCAAAGGUCUAGGGGCUGGAUUCCACCAACCGCUCCAUGGAGUGCACCAGCUGUCUGCGAUGGAGCAGCAACAAUUAUACAGUCACAACCAGGCGCUGUUGGCCACGGCCCGACGCCUGGGCUUUUCUGUGGUGGACACUUUCAGCAUGACCAUGUCCAGGUUUAGAGACUUCCUGCCGGGCCGGUGUGCCUGUCACUUCCAUCAGGUUUCUCCAGUGCAAACACCAGCAGUAGAACAGCUGUGGACAGCUGGGGCUGAGGAGAAACCAAGGGCCAGGUUUCACAUCCAAGGGGAUAUCAACGCUGUCUACUCAGAGAUGGUCGUCAACCGGAUGUGUAUGCGCACAGCUGGAUAA